ACGGGUGUAGAGCUACAAUUAAAUAUGUUCCUGCUGACCGGUGGUAUACACAAAGCUGCGGCUGUGAGCUAUGAGAGCAUUUCAGCAGAUUUUUAAAGGGGGAUCUUGUUUCCACAUGGCCUUAUUUCGCUGUCACAGCAGUCUGUCAUGUGUUUUUGGUAGGAUGAAAUGCUGCGAACUGGGUUGUCGCCUCAUGUUAUUAAUCGUCAGGGUAAUGCAGGGAAGCAGUGAUAAGAGAGCUCAAUUCUGCCCAAACCUGCUCUCGCCAUGUUAAUCGUUAACAUCUGCGUCAGUUUUGAGGUCUUUAACCUCAUCUGUGAGGCAACAGAUGGACUCAAAUGCAAACAUUUUUGGCUUUGACACUAUAUCGAGUGUGGAAUCAAUGUGCACAAAGAACCAGAAGUCCACAUCCAUAUGACAUCUCCAACACUGAAUUCAAAUGUGUUGAGUUUAAACCAGUCUCUCUUUAAGCUAAACAGAAAAAGAAGGCAUAAUAUCAUCCAGACAAAUCCUGAAGCGUCUCGACAGAUAGUGAUUAGUGGGACAAAUCACUUUGACAACAUUUUUACCGGGACACGGAUUUACAACAUGCUGUAACUGGGACAUCACGGUGCUAGAGGCUCCAGUGUCACCAUGAAGGGCCCCAGCUCCAGAUGGGCCUUCUCCCUGGGCUUCUUGGUGGGGGCCUGCAGCAUCUAUUUCUUCCUGCGCCAGGUGUGGUAUGAGAGGAGCUACCCGGUGCUGUCAGAGGCUCAGGAGAAAGCCACAGUGGUGGGAGAGAGGCCAACCAGCUGGAGGAAGGAAGGUGCUGCUCUCAUCAACCUGCUCCACCCUCACCAUGCAGAUGAAGACAGCCGGGUGGCAGAUACGUUGUACCAGAAGGUCCGCGUUCUCUGCUGGGUGAUGACAGGGCCGUAUAACCUGCAGAGCAGGGCCCGCCAUGUCAGGGCCACCUGGAGUCGGCACUGCAAUGUGGUGGUAUUCAUGAGCUCUGUGGAGGACCCAGACUUCCCCACUGUGGGCCUGGGCACUAAGGAGGGACGUGACCAGCUCUACUGGAAGACCAUUCGAGCCUUCCAUUAUGUCUAUGAGCACCACGCGAAUGAAGCAGACUGGUUCUUAAAAGCAGACGAUGAUACCUAUGUGGUGGUGGACAACCUUCGCUGGAUUCUGUCCAACCACACCCCUGAUGAACCCAUCUACUUUGGCAAACGCUUCAAGCCUUAUACCAAGCAAGGCUACAUGAGUGGAGGGGCAGGCUAUGUGCUUAGCAAAGAAGCCCUCAAGAGAUUUGUGGAAGGUUUUCGGACCAAGGUUUGCACACACACCACCCCUGUAGAAGAUCUAGCACUGGGGCAGUGUUUGGAGAAGAUGGGCGUCCUGGCUGGGGACUCCAGAGAUACUUUGCAUCGAGAAACUUUUCACCCGUUUGUGCCAGAGCACCAUCUAACUGGCAAGUUCUCCAAGAGCUUCUGGUACUGGAGCUACUGUUACUACCCAAUUGUUGAGGGUCCACAGUGCUGCUCUGACCUGGCAGUAUCGUUCCAUUAUGUGGAAGCAGAGCUGAUGUACACACUGGAGUAUUACACCUAUCACCUGAGAGCGCACGGUUACAGGCCACGCUACCAGCCCUCCGUACGCCUCGGUGUGAGCCCCGGCUCACUCUCACAUACAGCCGUGAUGGUUGGACUCAAAGGAGUUCAAGGAGUGACAGACGGAAGAAGUCACGUAACUGCAGCCUUCUCUGUUAGUAUAAACCAAACCAAAGCAGAGACAGAGAAAGAGGAAAAAGAUCAUUUGAACUCACGCCUCACUGAGAACAGGACUGCAGCCACACAACACUGACUCUGUGAUUCUGCUGUGGCUGAAUGUUUUAACUGAGACGUGUCUGAUUGAAUCUACAUCAAGAACAGUUAGGGCCAUUUUCACUCAAUUAAUUGGUGAUAGGAGCUGUAGUAUGAUGUAUAUGCCAGAGAAUUGCUUCGCCCAAUGCCGUAUGGAUAACUAGUGUUUUUCUCUGACAGGGCUUCCUUGAUCCUAUCACAGUAUAUUCCAGUCAGUAUGACACUGUAAUUGCAAGCAGUGAGUGGUUAAAAUUGGAAUAUGAUUCAGUGGCAGCUCCGGGUGGCUUUGCUAUAUUUGAACAAGAUAAACACUUGGUUUAGUUUCAUUACAUUUUGACAUCAUCCUUAUGUGCAUUUAUAGAUUUAUGAUGUCACGCAGUCCCAGAAGUGAGCUUGGAGUGAUGCAAGAAGAGUAUCCGAUCUGAGCCAAUAAUACAGGAACAGUUGUAUUCAAAGGUUUUUAUCACACUGUAUUCAUAAUCUUUCCUUGAAAUAUAGAGCAGCAACAAACAGACGUGUCUGUAACAACUUCUCAGUGUUUUGCCUCUUUUUUUGUGGCCACAGUUUUAUUAUUUAAUGUUUUUCUGGGCUUUUCUGAAACAACAUGCAAAGAUGUCUGUACAAAUGUUUAAGCGUUUGUUUCUCUUUCUACAUUUUGUCUUAACAUUUUAAUUUAAUUUUUAAAUCCUCUGCAGUGCAGUAUUUAUUGCAGACUAAAUCCUCAGCCAGCAGCGAUGCAGUGUUUGUUUCAGCAAGAAACUGUUUUGUGAAAAAUGUAUUUUCUUUUUAUCUUUUGACUGAUAUGAGAUGCUCUGAUGUAGAGGCGCAUACUUGAAACCCCUUGUGUGCUUCUGUUUGAGAACACUGUAGCUUCGGGUGAACACAGUAUUAUAGUAAACUCAAAUUAAUCCCUCUUGUGAAGUAAUUUUAUACAACCCAACAGUAAACAUUGUAGCAGGUGUGAUUGAACAUUACUGUGUGCACUAGAGCUGAGCUCCAAGAAUCACUCAUAAACAGCUGCAGAAAAAUGCACCAACAUUU